GAUGACGUUGUUUGUUGAUGUUGUGGCUGUGUUGUAGUGGAGGUGGAGGGCACGUGGGUGGACCAGUCACACACCCUACAGUACAACCUCUCUUCUCUCCACAAUGAAUUCGUACGAUAUAUUCAGAAAGCUUACCAAAGGCAUCAAAUUUGACCACAAGAAGUUUAAAAGUGAUUUUCGAAAGUUGGAGGUCCAGCAGCCAGUUCAAGAGCAGGGAAGUGAGGACCUAAACAAAACUGAUAUCACAGAACCUGAAUAUGAAGAACCAUUGACAACUGAAGAACAUGUCUCUGGACAAGAUGAUGGCAGUGAGUGUGACAAUGAUCUCAACAUGCUGAGAGAUGUACAACUGGGGAGAGCUGCGCCCAAUCGAAAAAAGAAGAAAAAGAAGGAUAGCAAGCAAAAGCAGCUAGAAUUACAUAAAGAACAGGUGAACCAUUUGCGUAAGAAACAUGGAAUUCAUGUGUGGGGAGCUGAUAUACCUGAACCUAUGGAUUCAUUUGAAAAGCUUUUGGACCGCUAUGGUGUACACGAGACACUGGUGAGCAACCUCAGAAGCCAAGGUUUUGCCAGCCCGACGUCCAUACAGAUGCAGGCUUGGCCUCUCAUGCUGCAGGGCCGGGAGGUGCUCGGCUGCGCGCCUACUGGAUCAGGUAAAACGGCAGCCUUUCUGGUGCCCCUGCUACAUCAGCUGGGUGGUCCACAGAGGAAAGGAUUUCGUGCUGUUGUGCUUUCUCCUACUCGUGAGCUUGCAAAGCAGACGCAUAGGGAGUGUGUGAGGCUUUCUGAAGGGCUUGGUAUACGUGCAUUCAUCAUUAGCAAUGUCAGCAAAGCUGUGGAGAAAUUUGGGCCUCAAUCUGCUCAAAAGUUUGAUGUGCUUGUUACAACGCCGAAUCGCCUAGUGUACCUCUUGAAGGAAGACAAUGGUCCACCCCUCAAUUUAUCUAAUGUGGAAUGGCUCAUUGUGGACGAGAGUGAUCGUUUGUUUGAAGCCGGAGUUCACGGCUUCAGAGACCAGUUGGCAGUGGUGUAUCAAGCCUGCACUGGAUCCAAUAUUAAACGUGCCUUGUUUUCUGCCACGUUUGCCCAUGAAGUUCAACACUGGUGUAAGCUGAACCUUAAUAAUGUGGCUAUGGUCUCUGUGGGCAUCAGAAACACUGCAUCAGAGGAUGUGAAACAAGACCUUAUGUUCUGUGGGGAUGAAAGUGGGAAACUUUUAGCUCUUCGAGAUAUCUUCAGAAAGGGUUAUGAGCCACCAGUCCUGUUGUUUGUACAGACCAAAGAGCGUGCCAAGGAAUUAUUCAAGGAGUUGAUAUAUGAUAAUAUUAUGGUUGAUGCAAUCCAUGCUGAUCGUACACAACUUCAGCGUGAUAAUGUAGUUCGGGCAUUUAGGGAACGAAAAAUAUGGGUUUUGAUAUGUACAGAACUCAUGGCCCGCGGUAUUGACUUCAAAGGUGUCAAUCUUGUCAUCAAUUAUGAUUUCCCACCAUCAGCAGUCAGUUAUAUUCACAGAGUGGGAAGAACAGGGCGAGCUCACCACCAAGGACACGCCAUUACAUUCUGGACGAUGGAUGAUAAGCCUUAUCUAAGAAGUGUUGCACAAGUGAUUCAAAGCUCUGGUCAAGAAGUGCCGAGCUGGAUGCUGGAGCUUAAGAAACCAAGGAAGAGGGAAAGGAAGAAGUUAUCUACCCAACAACCAGAAAGAGGUCAUGUCUCCCAAGGUGUUCUUUACGAGCAGCUGGACAAGCGCAGACGAAGGGAAAUGGUGAAGAAAAGCAAAAAAAAUAAGUUAAUCAGGUGUGUAACACAAGGAAAUGUUGAAGAGGAAAAGGAAGAAAUCGAGGUGGAGAGUGAUGCGGCUCUGGAGACACCGGACACACACACAAGGAAGAGGAGAAAAGUGAAUGUUUAAUGGGUAACUUUGACUGUCUUCCAAGUAUUAAAAUAUCCCCCACAAUAA